CAAAAAUUGGAACACGGCCUGUCCUCUUACAACCCGCCAAACUACACAGCUGUCUUCCAACCUUCGUUCAGGCAGUAUCCACUGAUAAAACAUCCUCUGCGCAGCACCCCCCUAGAACCUGUGCUAUCGAACGUAUAAUUUGCCAUGUCGGACCCGGACUCGAACUUGGGGCGGGCGCCGUCUGACUCACGACUGCUGCAGUCCGACGAAACGCCGCAACCUCGCCGGAGUUCCACAAAUCCCGUCGCACAGAGUAGGCCCGCCAACCGCGUCUUAAGCCGGCAAUCGCUGAAGCGCCACUUUACGACGCUUUUGCAACCAGAGAGGAAACUUUCUUCUCCCCCUUCUGCCUGGCAAAGCUUGCGGGCCAUUAUCCUAGCAUCUUGGUUAAAUGUCCUCUUAGUCUGUAUCCCGAUAUCGUGGGCGAUGAACUUUGCUCUUCCCGACCAACAUACUCUUAUAUUCGUUUUCUCAUUCCUGGCUAUAAUUCCGCUUGCCAAGCUCCUUGCCUUUGCUACCGAUGAGCUAUCGAUGCGUGUCGGGCAAACGCUUGCAGGGCUUAUGAAUGCAACUUUGGGAAAUGCUGUUGAACUCAUUGUUUCGAUAAUUGCGUUGACGAAAUGCGAAUUGCAGAUUGUUCAGUCGUCCCUGGUGGGAUCCAUCCUGAGUAAUUUGUUACUCGUCCUGGGCAUGUGUUUCUUCGCAGGUGGUCUACGGUUCUCGGAGCAAGGAUUCGGACAUGUUGCGGCCCAACUGAACUCUACCCUUCUAACCGUCAGCGUCAUUGCCGUCCUGUUACCUGGGGCUUUCCAUAUGGCUUUGCAGGGCUCCACCUCAGUCAGUGAAAGUGAUUUAGACGACCGAAUCUUGAAGACUAGUCACGGAGUCGCCAUUAUCCUGCUCUUCAUCUACUGUUCAUAUCUCCUGUUCCAGCUCUUUUCCCAUAAGAACCUUUACAGUGAUGAUGCAUUCGAGGCAUCAAGGAAGUAUUCGGGGGAGAAUCCGUUUAAAUUGGGUCACAGACUGCGUCACAGACGACGAGCUGCAAACGACGUGGGCAUGACAGACCUUCCGAUGGUUUCCUCUCCCCGUCAGGAGAGCGUUCAGAUUGACCACGGCGAUGAAAAUUCCAUGAGUCAUCCCGACGUUACCCAUGAUGUCGAGAGCGGAUCCUCCGAAGAGGAAGAAAAGCCUCAGAUGUCAGUGCCAGUGUCCUUGGGCCUCCUUGUUGCUGUCACGGUGCUCGUUGCUGUCACUGCGGAAUUCUUGGUGGAUUCCAUCAACGGUUUAACUUCGGGAGGCGCUAUUAGCACAGAAUUUGUUGGCGUGAUACUACUUCCUAUCGUUGGCAAUGCUGCGGAGCAUGUUACCGCGGUUACAGUGUCGGUCAAAGACAAGCUAACCUUGAGCUUGGGCGUGGCCGUCGGAUCGAGCAUUCAAAUCGCCUUGUUUGUCAUUCCCUUCAUUGUCACGCUGGGAUGGAUUCUUGGAAAGCCGUUAACCCUCAUGUUCGACCCGCUGGAAUCUAUAGUCAUGUUCCUUGCUGUCCUCACCGUCAACUACGUCAUUCAAGAUGGCAGGUCGAAUUGGCUGGAGGGCAUGCUCCUCAUGUGUAAGUCCUCGCUCCUUUCUUGUGGAUCAUCUAUGCCGCUCACGGGUGAACGGACAGCGCUAUAUCUCAUCCUUUGCGUAACAUUCUGGUAUUACCCUGGUACCUCGCCGAUUUUAAGCUGCUAAACAUCCAAACCAAUAUUUGGAGAAUGUUUAUGAUUCUAAUAAGUCCAGUUGCAGUAUUCACUCUGGAAUGAAGUCCACGACUCUUAUACAUGACUAUUCUCCCUUCCUUCGUGUAUCAUCUACAGGUUUUCCAUUAUUUUUUUGAUGCCACAUGUCUAUGACGAUAUAAGAUAUCCAAAUAUUUACUUGUCUAAGCGUUCAACGCCGCAAUAAUUUCCGAGUGCCAAGAGGAUGAGUGGAGUGGAGCUUGUGACAUGGUCAGAACUAGUAUGGUAGACAAGUUAAUUUUCAUGUUAUAA